CUCCAUCACCUUCAUGCCCGAACCGUAGUUCCUUUAAUCAAGUUCCUCCGCAAUCUAGACGUCGACUAGAUCGAACGCGCCCGUCGUGAGAUUCCGUCAUUCGUUCCGUGGGAUUCAGAAGAUAAUUCUCUCAGACUUCUCUACAUUGAGGCAAUAGGGGCUUGAUUAUUUUAGUUUUAACGCCGUCUUCCAUUAGUAUGGCGUAGGUGAUUUAAAGUGUUCGGAACAGGCGGAUUGAAUCGUGGUUACGUCCGACAUGAAUAAAAAAAUGUUACUAAAGAAGCGGAAAUGCGGAUAGGCCUACGUUAAGGUAGUAUCUGGGGACUCCCCUUUUUUCGUUUAACUGUUUACUUAAUGAUAAUGCAGAAGUUCAGAACAAUUCUCCAAAUUAACGGACCUUAUUGGUAGCAAGCGAUUUAAGGUUGCGUUAACAAAACGAAAUGCAUUUGGCCAUCAAGAAUGAACCAAAAAGAUAAUUAGUAUACCCCACUAUUAGUUGGCCUUGACAGAUCAACAGAACAUGGGAAUCGGAGAAAAAGUGGACUUUACGCCGUACAAACAGACGCAAAUGUCGCGACACUGUUAAAUUAUACUAACUUAUGAUGCAAUCCGAACAAUUUUCCAAUCCUUACGACAACGCUGCCAGCAUUUUUAGAAUAUGCAGGCAUUACAGAAUUUUAUACUUUUCGAAUUGCUAAAUACUAAAUACAUAUGCUACCAACUGACACAUGUGUUGCUUAAACUCAGACUGCCAACACAUCAAACCCUAUCAGAACCCAGUGAAGUUACAAGAAGACAAACAUGAAGAAGUCUAAAAAAGUUUUUCCGUCUUUGGUACGCGCUUCACAUAAAUUUCAAUUUUAUAGAAAAAAAGUGCUCGGCGAAGGGAAUUCAGUUGUUUAUCGCGGUAGUUACGAAGGCAAAGAAGUUGCCGUCAAGAGGAUUGUGUUGAUCCCGAACAUUACUGGAGAUGGAGACAAUUGCGAAGCCCAAAUGAAAUUGAAACAUGAAAACGUUGUAACAAUUCUAGCAGUUGAAGAGGAUGAUGAUUUCAGGUACGUCGUACUGGAAUUGUGCUGCGCAACACUUUUUCAAGUCAUUCAAAAAACCUGGGAUGAAAAGAAACCACCGCUGCCGCCCGAUGGAGAAGUGAUGUACCAAAUGGCUGAUGGCCUCGACUACAUUCAUUCGCAAAAAUUGACCCACCGCGAAAUCAAACCUGAAAAUAUUCUGAUAUCAAGGAAUGGAAAAAUUAAAUUAUCCGAUUUCGGGUUGAGCAAACAAACCGAAGGUAAGUGUUACGUAACUGGAUUGAAAGGGACUCUGCCAUGGAUGGCACCGGAACUGUUCCAAGCUAAUCACGAAAAAGUUGAAAUUGAAAUCGCACAAAAGUGUGACGUUUUCUCGUGUGGAUGCGUCUUUUUUGUUUUUCUCACGCGGGAAAACGGCGGGAUACACCCGUUUGGCGACAUAGUCGACCAUCUCCAGAUUUACGCCAACAUUCAAGAGGGUAACGCAAUUAACCUUCACAAAGCGAAUGAUAAUCAUCCCCUAGAGGGUAAACUCAUUCAAAAAAUGAUUCAAGGGGAUCCAGUCAAAAGAAUUACGUCAGCGGAUGUAAAAAACGAGAUAAAAUAUCUUCUUUCGAAACGCAACAGCACAAUAAAUCCUUUAACACCUCAGAUAAGUCUUUGUAAUCAAGGUGAACCUGCUUCCUCUCCCCAAACGUUUACUGUUAAUUAUGGAAAGCACGGCGCAGAAUCACAUGUAAAAACAUUUCCAAAUCAUGAUGAUGAUGAAGUUGCAAGUUACGACAUUGAUUGCGCGAGUACGUCUUUUCCCGUAAAUUCACGGGGUUCUCCCUAACGACCAACAGUCAGUAAAACAGCAAAGCAUUUUUCCAAUUGUGAAACAAAGACGCUAUUUUUUUUACCAUGCCAGAAUAUUAAACUAUAAUAUGACCCCAGA